AUGAAAUCCAUUUCUUUCACCUUGCCCGCUCUCGCCACACGUCUACUAGUUCACCCACUAGUUAACCGACUCCUUCGCCUCCUCCCUUCCGCCCACCCCGCCUCCUCCUCCUCCUCCCUCCGCCCGCCCACCCUGCUUUCCCCCUCCCUUCCGCCCACCCCGCGUCCUCCCUCCCUCCGCACCCCCCCCGCCUCCCCGGCCCUCCCGCGCCCGCCCCGCCACCAUUCCGCGCCGCCGCUACUACCCAGUCUCGCCGCCCAGCUCCGCGCAGUUUCCUCAUCUCCCGUUCCUGACACCGCCCGCGAUGAAGCCGCCCGCGAUGAAGCCCAUUCUGCGCAAGGACGACCCGAAGCUGGUGCUGGUCAUCGCCGCCGCGCUGUCCAUCACCAUGGCCGCACUCACCGUGUCCUACAUGCAGCCGCCCGUCGUGCCGCGCGAGACCGUGCGCCAGAUCAUCUACCAGGGCGGUGGCGCCGCCGCCGCCGCCGCCCAGAAGAAGCUCCUCUUCUACAACCGCCCGCCCAAGACGGGCAGCACCACCGUCCGCAUCGCCUUCAAGGAGGCCCUGGACAAGCACGGCCUCGUCUCUGCACGCUGCUUCAACAUGAUCGAGUGGAACGAGAUGGCCAUCAAGACCAUCGUCAACCGCCGCAACGUCGACUUUUACGGCUGCCACACACGCCUACUCACCCGCCGAUACAACGACGUCGCCGCCAUGCGCAACGGAAACGUCACCUUCAUCACCAGCACCAGGGCCCCCAAGAACAUCAUCCUCUCCGCCUUCCUGCAGCACUACCGCCACGACGACGUCCCGCACAUCACAGACCCCGCCAAGAUCCAGGAAUACGCCGCCAAGUACAAGGAGUACAUCGACACCUACCCCGUCGACGCCCUGUACCGCUACCACGGCGCAGACAAACUCCUCCGGGACUGCCCCGUCCGCUGGGAGCACCAGGAGGCCAUGCGCUUCAUCGCAGAGCGCUACGAGGUCAUCGUCGACCUCGACCGCCCGGAGGAGUCCUCCACCAUGGUCGAGGCCGUCACUGGCAUCCGCCCCGACUUCACUGGCAUGUACAACACGAGGACCACCGACACCUCGGGGCCCAUGAUGGCCGAGCUGCUCAAGCUCGACACCUCGCACAAGACCUGCGGCAACGAGCUCGUCCACUCUACCCUGAAGCAGCAGUUUAAUAUCAUCAAGGACCGCUUGCUGCAGAACAGGUGCUUCAACGAGGAUGGCGGCACCUUUGAACUGUGCGAGAAGGCCGUCCUCAAGAUGGAGGAUAUCCGCGAGCGCACUAGGAAGGAGUCUUAUGCCGCCAUGGAAGUCCUCAAGAGGAAGGCCCCUACCAAGUGAUACCUGCAUUACUCGCAAUAGGAGGGCGGAAGAAAGAAAAAAGAGAAAGUAAAACGGCAGGAGAGGAGCGUCUUUUGACGUGAAAAAUCAUGAACAUAUUCAAAAGAGUUGCUUAUAUGUUCCUUUCAAGUUCGGUGUAGAUGUGAUGGCGGCCCGAUGUUUUCCCAAUUCUAUUGCAUGAUUUCUUUUGGUUAUACUGUGGAUGUCGCAAUGUUUUCGUUGCCCCUGCAUGUCUGGAAGAGUCGGUCAGGCGUUUGAGCACUGCUCGAAAAUAAAGAGUCGUGCUCAACUUUUCUGAAAAAAAGGCUUUGCUUACUUACUGUUGGGUUAUCUUCCGUGGAUCAUGUUGUCUACUACUGUACAUAGAGGUCAUUAAACAGAUGCUGACCCCCGCAUUUGGUGGCCUGAAUUUCUCCUCCGUUGGAGAUUACUUACCCUCAGAA